CAUAAGGAAAUAGACCAAUCAAUUUUUUAUGCUUACGCAUUAUGCGUUGUGCAGAGUGUGUGCUCCCCGCUUUAUUCACUGCCACUGAAAUAACCGUGCGGGUUCUGUUAAUGCGUAGCGAGUGCAACUGGUCAAUGGUCAUAGUUUUCUAGUAUCCAUGGCAGUGUCUAUUCGUAGUAUACGACCGGUGUGUUGGAAGAAAAUAUGAAGCUUCAAAGCAGCAACGAGGCUGGAUCUCGUUAAAACUGGUCGAGAAAGAAAAGGAGACGGAAGAAGAAAGUGAGAAAAGUGACAGAUGCUACGCUACUGCGCCGAUUCUUCAGAACAAAGGGAAAGCAAGGAGACGAGAGGCCUUUUUCGUGAUUUUAGAAUCUCGACGACAAAACAGUAAAAUAAUACACUGAAAAGGAAAAUGGAACAAAUGUGAUCGUGUCCCUAUAAGAUAAGACAAGAGCAGUGGUUUCGUUGUAUCGUAAGGAAGAGAAAUUCCCUUGUAUCUCUGUGAAACAGCAUAGAAUGGAUAUACAAAGAGGAAUGUCUCGUAACAAUGGACCUGGUCUUUAUGAGUUUCUUAUGGAGGCUGAGUUACAACAGUAUUAUCCCGGUAUUCGAGGUUCUUCCCCUCCUCCUCCACCACCGGGUCAUCCUUUAUCCACUGAACAUGAAUCAAGCAAUGCAAGGAAUGAACUGAGGGAGAUUCAAGCAAAACAAUAUAAUAAGAAGAAACAAGCCACCGUGAGUCCAAUAAAUGUGAAGCCUAUCUCAGCUGCCGAUCAGAAAACUCUCUACUCGGCUAUUGCUAUGGCACAGGAAUUGACAGCACGUUCCAUGACAGAUCUUGAACAUCCACCGGAGUCUCCUCGUACACCUGCCAGUCCUUCAAGGCGUAGGAAAUUUUCUUUUAAGUUGUCACAUCAACACAGUCCUAAACCAGAUAGACGACACUUUUCUGAAGAAGCUGCCAGUAUACCUGACAUACAGUGGUUAUGCUCAAGCUUGCAAUCUCUCUCAUCCACGGUAUCUAGCAUAGAAUCCCUUGGCGCUCCGUCAACUUUGAAACUUCCUCUGUGGGAUAAGGCAUCGGCAGAGUUUUGUUUCGCAAAAUCGCGAGAACUAUUGACAAAACCGAGUGCCUGGGCUUCAUACAUGGAUAUUGACUUGAAUACACAUACAUUAGAAAAUGCGACAACAAAACAGAAUUUAGUCAAGUCAACUGAAUUCUUGGAGAAUGGAAAUAGAAAAGAUCACCUAAAUUGCGAGGGCCUCACUGAUGCGAAUACCAAAUUAAACGUCCGACAUCAGAACGGUAAGAAAUUUAAUAUAGAAAAUUCAAAUUACGAUUUCCCAUGCGAUAUAAAGAGAGUAUCUACAAGUUACGUUGAACGUUAUUUUGAACAACCGAAAUACUGUGACGAUGAAACUACUCCAGGAUGCACCAGCAAAAAGAUAUAUUUUAGAGAAGAAAAAUUGGACAAAUAUGAUAAAAUUAAUAAUUUAGAACAGCCUAAUAAAUCGACUUAUUAUUCGAACAUUCAAGAACAAAGCUCGUCAGCCGGUGUUAGGUCUAAACAGGUAUUGCAAAAUAAAUUAAGCAAUUGUGAACUGAAGGAUUGUAAUAUCAUGCAUUUCGAAUCGCAGCCUGAUGAAAAUUUUGAUAUUUUGAAAGGGAAAGCAACGAACUUUGAAUCUCCUUGCAAUAAGCCGGACAAGUUUGACGUAGCGAGGGAUAAGACGACGAACUUGGAUCUUGGUACGCGACCGAAAAUUCCCGUUACCUUUGCUGAAUCUACAAAAAUGAACAUCACAAAUUUUACCAAGAAAAUUGACCUGUCAAAAUCUAGAGCCGCAAACGUAUCCUUUGUGUCAAGGAAAUCCAGUCAAAACAUGAACACCGUCUACGACUCAUCAGAUAGUAUUAAGACUAACAUGAAGACUGGUGGAUCAGAGUCCAGUCCAAGAAGUAAUAUAGAGACGGUAAAAAUAAACAUACAAAGCUUUCGUAAAGUCGAACAAAACCAGAACAGUCACGAGGGCUUUCCGUUUGUAAUAUCCAGCAAUCCUAUAUUUAUUGCUGAAUCAGAAAAAAAGGAAUCUCCUAUAUAUAGCAGCUCCGAGAGUUUGCGAGUAAAUUUCCAACGUCUCAGACGAAAAUCUGAUGUCGAAGCUAGUCAGGUAGAACUUAAUAGUAAACUCUUAGCUGAAAAAUAUCAACGUGAAAUUUCUGGCUUAGAGAGCGUAAAAAAUUACUUGGACUCCAAGAAAGCUCAAAAUUUAAACUUGGGCUUGGGCAAGUUGACACAGAACAUGAUACAAUUAGGCAAGAAUAUCGCACAAAAUUCGAGAAAUUUAGAAACAGCGUUACCAAAGUCGCUGGUCUCCAAUAUGAGAAAUCUGGAUUUAUCAGCGUCAUCCCAAACAUCUUUGCGAAGCUUAAACAUACCGAUUCAAAAGCCCAAGCAUUUGGACUUGAACAUUCCAUUACAAAAUCAAUCGCCGAUUAAUACGAAACUGAACUUGAUUAAAAAAUCAAACCCUUCAACGAGUCCAACUCUACAUCAACACAUUUUAGAGCCGCCAAAAUUAUAUCAGAACGAUCCUAUCAGAAAGGAGCUACCAAAAUUGGAUAUGCUUGCGAAGAAGUUUUCUGGCGCCGCCAUUUAUCGACAUAGGACAUCAUCCUUGUCGGAGAGUAGGAAACCUCCAAUAAAGAAUAUACGCAGAUCUUUUCAUCCCAAAAACGAUUCUAGUGAGGACUCGGAUUCGAUUUCACACUCAGAGACGGACAUCAGGAGUCGUCUGCGUUACAAACGCAGACACAAGAAAAUUCAGCAUAAUCUACGUUUGAAUUUCAAAAAUAAGACUUCAUUUCUGCAUCCUGAUUCCGCUAAGGGAUUGUCCGCAGUUGAACUCUGCGGAAAGUCACCGCCCCCAUCGACGAGUUUCUUGAACUCACUAUCGCCACCAUUCUCUUCCAGAAACAAUCUGCUUUCUUGGCCGGAAAGUGCACCGAGUUCUAGCCUGACAUUUACUAGCAAUUCCGAUCUUGAUUCAGACACGAGUUCCGAGUAUCCGGAAUUCACGAACGACGUACUGACAUUUCCUCCUUCCCCUGCUCCUUAAAAUUCUAAAGAAUUUAGUUUCAACCUUGAUCAAUUUAGAUGUGGCUUUUCUAUAUGUCAAGUCUAAACAAUCUUGCAAAGUGAUUGGCGAAAUUAUUUACGAAUGCAUGCUAUUUAUAUUAAUUCUUUAUAAAUUUAAUAUACUUAGAUUGGUGAUUGAAUAAUUAGAUUGAUUUUGCUUUAAAAAAAAGUCAAAGUUGCAGUAAUUACGAUAAAAAUGUUUUUAUUUUAUUUAAAUUAUGCUCUUUAGCAUCGAUAUAGCGAGUGACGCUGUCAGCAAUUCGGGCGAGAAUAAUUUGCAAUUUACAGUCAACUUCUGUCAUUCUAAGAUCAUGAAUAUUUUUUUUAUUCCAAAAUGUUGCUUUUUUGUCCUCACUCUUAUUCUAAUGCUCAAGAUGAAAAUGUUAUAUGCGCAUUUUAUAAUUUAUGUUUUCAUUCUAACAUAAUUAACUCGUCAUAUUUAAUUACAAACCAUAAUGAGAAAGCAGUGCAAGAGGAGAAUUAUAGUUUAAUGGAAAAUAAACUAUGAUAACAGAAAAAAUAGAAAAAGGAUCUUAGAAUAAAGUAUUCCUGUAUAUAUUUCUGACUAUUCCAGUAUAGUUUGCAGCAAAAUUUUCGCGACUUAAGUCUCUAAUAUCUUUUAAAAGCAAUCUCAGUUUUAGGUAUAAAACAUUAAAUGAAGGAAGGAAAUGAACUAAAUAAUGAGGAUAUGAUGAGUGAUAUGAUGAGCAAGUUGUUUUUAAAUGAAAAAUUAGAAGUGCUGUUAGAAGGAAAACUUUGGAAACAUUAGAAACUAUGGCAAAUUUUUCCAAGCAAUAAAAUAGGAUUUCUAUUAAUCAUUUCAGUUAUUGACUCUCCUUAUCGGUGCCACUCGUUUAUAUUGGCGUUAAAAAGAAAAAAAUUAUAAUAAAUUAUUUUAUUUGCAUCGCAUAUGUACAUAUACAUGUAUAUAUGCGCAGGUACAGGGAGCUUUCCAGCAAGCGACAAAAGUCGGCACAAGUAUCAUAUUAUCUUUGUUACUCAUUGCUAAAAAAGAAACAUAGAACGAUGUUUGUAUUGACUUGUGUUGCUUGCUGGAAAGCUUCCAUAAUCAUUGUUUUUCAAAAAAUAAAAUCAAUUUCACACUUAUCGUUUAAGGC